UUAACUGACUUGUGAACCAUUCUGUCUUUCAUACUAAUAUCCUGUUAAAGAGGUCCUAUUUGAAGCAUUUCAUACUCUGAACUUCUCACUUGUGAGAUGAAUUUGACAUAUGCUCACAUCAGGGUCCUAUUCCACAAAUUUACAAAUGUACAAGACUUGUAAUAAUUGCAGCAUGUUAACUGAUUAUAAGGAACUUUAUCAAAUCAAAUUUGCUUAUAGCUAGUAUAUCUUGUUAUAAUUUGUAAUUUGAAAAGCUUGCAAUAGCUGCAAGCUACAGGGCAUAGGCCAUAAAUAAGAAUGAUUUCUAAAUUAGAAAGGAUACCCCUAUGCAUAAAUAUUUUAGAAAAUAGUCAUUUUGAUAAUGGAUGAACCAGAAAACAAGUGUGAAUUAGUGUGUGAAAGCCGUUCGAAGAAAAAUUUGAAUGUUGCCUACGUAUACGAUAUAGUGAGACGUAUAUUGAAAACUUUGGAUAAUUCCGAAAUAGAGAAUUGCAUGAAAGUUUGUUCAUUGUGGAAGGAAAUAGGAGAAUCCAUAUUGAGAGGAAGGAUAACGAUUGCAGUUGAGGACUUACCACGUGAUAUAAUUGCAAUCACGAACUUUUAUCCAGAAUAUGUUCUUGGCUUCUUCAAAACACAAAAUGGCAACAUUAACAUCUUGACAGGAUAUAAUGGACAUUCGGAAGAAAACAUGGAAAGGAGUGAUGAAACUAAGACAAUACGACUUUUAUUGCGGUUGGAUGCUCGAUGUCGUAAAAAUAAUCAUAUAAAGGACCGGCGAUAUUCUCAAAGGCUCAUUAAACGUUAUUCAAGUCCCUCAAGAAAUCUGUUACCAAUAUGGAUCGCUGUUUUUCCUCAACUUCCCGGACUGAAAAUAAGUCGUUUUGUGUUUUCAGAAAAUGAAAUCAAAGAAAAGCUGAAACCUGGUCCCACGUGGUUUACAGAAUUGACAGACAUUUCUAAAGAAGAAACGAAAUGCGUCCUGUGGAUUGUGGAUGGAAUACUGGACGACACCUUCAUGAAAGUUAUACCACAAUGCGCAGUAAGCGGUAUAUCAGAUAUUAGUUUAUGUCCAGCAUACAGAUGUAUUGUGUUUUCGGGGAGGAUGGUACAUGCAUUAUCAUUUAAUCUGCCAAAAGAUCAUACAUUACAACAAAUGAAAGUUAUAGAAUUGAAGCAAUACAACAUUGCAUGGAACAAUUGUAUUGUGUUAUUUUUCAACAAAAGCUUUAUGAAUUGGUGCAACGAUCGAUCAAACUUUUCCGAAAUUGAGAUUUUUAGUAAAGAAUUUCCCAACAUUCCGAUCUUGUUUUAUAGUGGCUGCAUACCUUUCGGUGUGGAAUACAUCCCGAAUAUUUUUGAAAACACAAGUACUAUAGGAGAAUGUAUAAUAAAUGCAUCAGUUGUUGCAAAAAUUGUUAUAUUGUGGAUUGCGUGACUUGUAAUUAUGUUGUUAAAUGAAAUUAUAAGGUAUUUUGUUUAAAAAAAUGUGUGCCCCGUAUAUCACAUUUAACUUUUAUUUGUUGAAGAUCAAUUGAC